AAAAUAUAGUUUUCAACGUUCUAUCGCUCAAAUAUGACGAUCAGUAACAAGGAGCUGGACGCCAAGCUGCGCGCAUUGCAGGCCAAGACGCUGGUGGAGGAAGGAGACUGGGCGGAGCAAGGCCGCAAGCUCUUCGAGUUCGAAGAGAAGUUCCUGCGUGACACGUUGUUGGAGGGCAACAUCCUUACGGGCUGGGGUGAGCCGCGAACUGCACCCGUGCGAUUCCGCAACGCCGGAGUGCGCAAGCGCAAGCGUGAGCGACAGGAGGCGGCAGCCGAGCGUGCUGGCAAACCUCUUGGUUCCUUGGCACCCACGCUGUCGGCUGAGGAGCAGCUCAAAGUGGACCGCCACCGCCUGGCGUCCUACUCGUCUGUUUAUUCGCCUGCGGAGGCACUGCACGCGACGAUGGAGGAGCGCGAACGUAAGUUGGUGGAGAACAGGAGCAAGAAGAAAAAGCUACAGCCAGUAGCGGCGACUGUGGCUAAGUAAAGACGAAAUUCUAACUGCCUAACUACCAAAAUGUAUUCAAUGGGGUUGUAUGCAUUGCAAGUAACGACGCAAGCGACUUGACUGACCUGUUGACGUCGAGAAGGUGAUGUACGACGUUCGCAGGUGAAG